AUGAGGUUAGUUACUACAAGAUCAGAAGGCAGAUUCAAGGCAUGUGGAGGGGAUGGAGCAAGUCGUACCUCGGUGUACAGAAUGUUUGGCAGGAAUGGGCCGAAUGACGCAUUUUUGUAAGCCCAUAAGAUGACAUAUUUUUUGGACAAAACACGCGCCAACCCGUACUGCGCCCACACUCCUUCGGAUUGGAGAGACGUCUUAUACGAUGGAAGAUUUCCAAAGCGAGAAAAUAGCAAUAACAGGGAGAAGGUUGCGCGCCAUUUGCUGUUUUUGGUAAAAGCAAGGUCUUUUUUGUAUAUCUGAUGUUUUUAGCACUAAUUUAUGGAUUUUUAGAGACAUGGGAUUGGAGUCGAAAUUUGGAGACUCUUCGGACGAGAAUUCUUCAGAAGACGAGCGAAAACAGAAGGAUUCCAGCGACGAUAGCGAUAAUUCAAGUUCAAACCAUUCCGAUGAAGAGGAAGACCGAGUGAAGAAGGUAAUUUUUUCUUUGAUUUUUUUCCUUGGUUUAGGUCUUCAAGUCCUUUAUGGAUAAUAUUCCUCUUCUUGCAGAAUGCUAGUAAAUCUUCGGACGACGACGAUGAGGAAGACAAAUCCCCUAGAAAGAAGCCAACAAUAGCUUCAGACUCUUCCGAUUCGAGUGCAGCCUCUUCUCCAGAGCCACCAAAGGCUUCGAAAUCUCCGGAAUCGGCGAAAUCAAGUGAUAAAGAUGAUAGUGAUAAGGAAGUGGAUGGAAAAGGCGACAAUGAGGACAAGUCUGAUAAGUCCGACGACGAUGACGACGUUGUAAGUUCUCUUCUAUUUUUGGUUUCUUGUUUUACACCGAAUAUAUUAUCCAUGUUGUUCUAGAGAGGAAAGACAAAAGCUGAUGCGAUUUUUGGCAAUGCCUUAAGCUCCAGUGAGGAUGAAGAGCCAAAGAAGGAAGAGCCAGAAGAGGACUUGACUCCAGAGGAACGAGAGCGACGAGCAGAAGCUAUGAGACAGCUUGCUGCGUCUUCAGAUGAGGAUGGUAAGCAGAUUUUCGUGGUUAAUAUAAAAUUUGGCCUCUUUUCUAUUCAAUUUCUGUGGUAAUUGCCUGAAAUUUUGCAUACUACUGAAAUAUGGUUUCAGAAGGUCCUCGACGUCAGAUUAUGGAACUAACAGACUCCUAUCCCAACUUGAAGAUCAAUCUCGGAAAGGGUGAGCCCAUCUUCUUCCGGCCUCCAAAUUUCCUCUCAAUCGAACCCAAGCCCUUCAACAAUCAUCCAGAGGCCUAUCAACGCGAGGUUGACGACGACGAAAUCAUUGAUGAAGAAGGAAGAGCCCGGCUUAAAUUAAGAAUUGAGAAUACAAUAAGGUGGCGAUGGGUAAAGGAUCCAAAAACCGGCGAGUACAAGAAGCAAUCCAACGCAAAAAUUGUCAAAUGGUCGGAUGGAACGUAAGCCGCAUUUCUUUUGCAAUUUUCUCGAUUUAGGAUGUCGAUGUAUCUUGGCGAUGAGAUUUUCGAAGUCCAACGACAAGAUGCCAUGCCAAACAUGCAUCUGUACACACGUGUGGGUCCAGCUUUGCAGGCUCAGAAGAUCUUCAAGCAUAAAUACACAUUCCGACCGCAUUCGACGGACACGGUAACUCAUAGAAAAUUGACAAUGAACAUGGCGGAUAAGACAAAUAAGGGACCUAAAGUGAAGUUGAUGCAUGAAGUUGGGCUGAAUCCAGAGAGUCAAAGAAAGGUAAGGGUGAUUACAGCUUUGGAUGGGAAUUGGAGCUGGUUUUAAGAUAUAUUUGAGAUGAAAUAUACAUUACACUUGAUUUUAUUGUAGGAGAUGGUCAAAAAAGAAGAAGAAGCACUCCGAGCUGCCGCCAGAAGAUCUGCACAACAAAGGAGAGUCCGAGAGAGAGCUAGAGAAGUUGGCCUUACCAGUGGAUUCAUCGAAGGAGACGAUUCAGGAGGUAUUUUUUGUUAUAUUGCACUUGUUAUUUUUCGAUAUCAAAGUUAUAAGAAUUUUGUCAUAUUUUUAGAUGAGGGUGAUCUGGGAGCAAUUAAAAGGAACUUCAAGCAACAGCGACCCUAUCAUUCUUAUUAUUCGGAUGAUUCUGAAGAGGAUGAGAGAUCCAGAAGAGUCCUCAGAGAAGCCAAAAUCAUCGAUUCGGACUCUGAUGACAAUAAUGCAACAACCUCCAGGGAACGCAAAAAGCAUAGAAUUAUUGACUCGGAUGAUGAGGAUUAA